AUGACCGCAGAAGCCAGCGGCCCUCCGUUGACUCCUCCGCCCAGACCUCAUCUGAACGGUCUCUCUAUGACCGAGUACACUGCUGCCCCAACGCCUCCUGCCACUCGAUUGGAAAGAGCUAUCAACCAAUCUCAGAACUCCCAAGUCCCAGAAGAUUUUGUUUUGCCCUCUGGCUACCCCGAUUACCUUCGGUUGAUUCUUACCUCGCGCGUCUACGAUGUCAUCGAAGAAACACCUCUACAGCACGCGGCCAAUCUUAGCAACCGCUUAGAAUGCAAGGUGCUACUCAAGCGAGAGGACUUGUUGCCGGUUUUCAGUUUCAAGCUGCGCGGAGCGUACAAUAAGAUGGCACAUUUGAGCAGUAACCAGCGCUGGAAGGGAGUCAUUGCGUGCUCUGCUGGUAAUCACGCUCAAGGCGUCGCAUACUCGGCCCGGAAAUUGAAGAUACCUGCUACUAUUGUGAUGCCUUCUGGAACACCAGCAAUUAAGCAUCUAAAUGUCUCUCGUUUGGGUGGUAGCGUCGUCCUCCACGGUAACGAUUUCGACGGUGCGAAAGAAGAAGCCCACAGGCUCGAAAAGUUACACAACCUGACCAGUAUCCCGCCAUUUGAUGACCCUUACGUUAUUGCAGGCCAAGGUACUAUCGGAAUGGAGGUUGUACGCCAGGCUAAGCUGCAGAACUUGGAGGCCGUAUUCUGUUGUAUCGGUGGUGGUGGACUUAUUGCCGGGGUUGGCGCCUACAUCAAGCGUAUUGCACCUCAUGUCAAAAUCAUUGGUGUUGAGACAUUCGAUGCCAAUGCAAUGGUCCAAUCACUACAAAAGGGUGAACGAGUCAUGCUGAAAGAGGUCGGGCUUUUUGCCGACGGUGCCGCCGUGAAACUUGUCGGCGAGGAAACAUUCCGUAUUUGUCGCGACGUAGUUGACGACAUCAUCCAAGUGACGACCGACGAAAUAUGUGCUGCGAUCAAGGAUGUCUUUGAAGAUACACGGUCUGUCCUUGAGCCAGCUGGAGCCCUUGCUUUGGCCGGCUUGAAGAAAUACGUCGCCAUCAACCCCGACCCCAACACAAACAGGGAGCUAGUUGCUGUGACUUCAGGUGCAAAUAUGGACUUUGAUCGCCUCAGAUUCGUUGCAGAGCGAGCUGCGCUUGGUGAGAAAAAGGAAGCCUUACUGAGUGUCGCUAUUCCGGAGCGACCCGGUGCCUAUGCUGCAUUGAUAGACAUUAUUGCACCUCACGCGAUUACUGGCUUCAACUACCGUCUCUCCCGUCAAGACGUGGCUAACGUUCUCAUGGGAAUCUCCUUGCCUGCGUCGACACGGGCCCACGAACUCGAGAAUAUCUUCGCCGGACUGGAAAAGGCCGGCAUGUCAGCGUCUGACCUCAGCGACGACGAACUUGCCAAAACUCAUAUUCGCUAUUUGGUCGGCGGCCCAAGUGGCGUGCAAGAUGAACGAUUGUUCAUGUUCCAGUUCCCCGAGAGGCCCGGUGCGCUGCAGAAGUUCCUCACCCAUCUUCGCCCAACUCACAACAUCACUCUCUUCCAUUACCGCAAUCACGGCGGAGAUGUUGGUCGGGUGCUAGCAGGUAUUCAAUGCCCGGUUUCAGAGGACGCGGAACUCACUUCCUUCCUUAAUGACCUGGGAUACCCAUACGAAGAUUGCACAAAUUCCCCCACAUACAAGAUGUUUUUGCGUCAGGACUAA